AGCGUCUGCCUUCGUCUGCUACGUGGAUGUAAACAAAGUGUCAAAGUGAAGGGCCCGUGAAAGUGUGUAGGGAAGCAGGCCGUCAGUACACCCACAAGAAGGGAUUUAGGCUUCCCAGGAGGUUGAGGACAGGUGUGGCAGGUGUGGUAGGUGUGGGGCGGUGGUCGAGGUGAGGGCUUGGUACAAUGGAUUACUUCAGGUCCGUCACCCAGUCUGUGUUGGGCGCCCCCCAGCCAGGCCAGCAGCCGUCAGGGGCAGACACGGUUGAGCGACUGAUAGACCGAGUGCAGUCGUCCACGCUGCUGGAGGACCGACGUGAUGGCUGCCGGGCCCUCAAAUCCAUGUCCCGCAAGUACAGAGUGCUGGUGGGCGCCCAUGGGAUGGACACCCUCAUACAGGUGUUGGAAGCAGACCGCAGCGACCAUGAGAUUGUCAACUAUGCCAUUGAGACGCUGGUCCACAUCACCUCCCCAGAAACCUUCCAGGAGGAGAUGGAAGAGAAUGGGGAGUUGUCAGAGGCCAGCUAUUCCUCCGUGGUCGGAGAACAAUUCACUGAGAUCUUCACCAAGAGGCAGGAGAACAUUGAGCUCCUUAUCAACCUCUUAGACGAGUUUGAUUUCAAAGUGCGUUACCCAACUGUCAAGCUGCUCACCAACCUUCUCAAAAACAGGCCCAAGGAUCUGCAAGAGACAAUCUUGGUUGUUCCCAGCGGAGUGUCCAAGCUGAUGGAUCUUCUGUCAGACAGCCGAGAAGUUGUCAGGAAUGAUGCCCUGCUGCUCCUGACGCAGCUUACCAAGAACAACACAAACCUGCAGAAGAUAGUGGCCUUUGAGAAUGGCUACGACCACAUCUUUGCUAUCAUCAAGAGUGAAGGGUAUGCCGACGGUGGCGUGGUGGUGGAGGACUGUCUCAUCCUCAUGCUCAACCUCCUCCGCAACAACCCGUCCAACCAAACGUUCUUUAAGGAAGGGAGCUACAUACAGAGACUCACUUCCUUCUUCAUCCUGCCCAUGGACAACAAGGAGGGCUGGUCGGCACAGAAAGUCACCAACAUCCAUUACAUGCUACAGCUUGUGAGGUCACUAGUGGCCCCACAGAACCCAGCCCAGGCGGUGACCUCCUGCCAGCGGGUCAUGAACCAGUGUGGCUUGCUGCAGAACCUGACGGCCUUGCUCAUGGCCUCGGGUGUGCCGGUGGACAUCCUCACGGACACCAUCAACACUGUGUCCGACAUGAUCCGAGGCAAUAUGCCCAACCAAGAGUUCUUUGCCAGCAUGAUGGCGCCCUCCACCCCACCCAGACCUGCCAUUGUAGUGCUGCUGAUGUCGAUGGUGAAUGACAAGCAGCCGUUCGUCCUACGCUGUGCUGUCCUGUAUUGCUUCCAGUGCUUCCUCUACCGCAACCAGACCGGCCAAGCACAGAUCAUCCAGACACUCCUGCCACAGACGGCUGACGUUGUACCCGGAGCUAAACCAUUUCCCAACUCCAUCACAGCUGGCCAGCUCCUCUGCAGCGGCCUCUUCUCUUCCGACCCCGUGUCCAACUGGUUUGCUGCUGUGGCCUUGAGUCACUCCUUGGUGGACAACCUUAGCCAGAAGGAGAACAUGCUGCGGGUGCAGCUGGCCACCAGUGUGGGCAGCCAACCAGUGUCCCUGAUGCAGCAGUGCACCUCCAUCCUGCAGGCGGGGCCCAAGGUGCUCACACGCCUGGGGAUCCUCAUGCUGCUGUCCACCUGGCUGGCCCACAGUCCCAUGGCCGUCCAGACCUUCCUUGCCAUCCCUGCCGCCGUCCCUCACCUCACCACACACGUCAGUGCCAAUGAACACGAUGAGCUGGAGAUCGUGUGUCAGGGCCUGUGUGCCUUCCUCCUUGGCAUGUGCAUUCAGUUCAACGAUGGCAGUGGCACCAGCUUCUCCACUGACUCACUCCGGCAGCUGGUGACGGACAGGAUUGGGGCAGAAAUGUUCACCGACAAACUGAGCAACAUUCUAAGGACGGAGGCAUACACCAAGGCAGUGAAGUCGCCUCAGCUGGCUGUGAAGCAGCCGUCCGACCUGGUGUUUGAUCACCAGUUUUGCCGGCUCUUUAAAAGCCUGGAGGUGACGUGUCUGCGUGCUGUGACGCCUCAGCUGGCUGGCGGGAGCAGUGCAGAGGUGACGCCCGUGGAGGUGACUAAGUACAAGGACAUCAUUCGGGAUCAGGAUGCUGAGAUCACCCAGCUGCGGGAGCGUCUGGCAGGGGUGCAGAAGGAGGUGGAGGAGCUGAAGGUUGGCAAGGAGCAGAUGUCCGCACAAGUCCAGCAGCUCCAUGAUGAGAACACUGUGUUGAGAGUGCAGCAAGGCAUCUCCAGGGAAACAGAAGUCACAAAGGAGGAGAGCGAGCAAAACACCACCGUCACCACCACAGCAGACACCACUGCUGCCACCACCACUGCCGCCACCACCACCACCACCGACACAGCCCCUGCCACCACUGACCCCGCCACAGAGCAGCAGCAGAUGGAACAGCUGACUCUCCUCCAGCAGCAGCUUGCUGAGAUGACACACGCCAGGGACUACUAUUACUAUGAGAUGUACAAGAAGGACACAGAACUCACUGCCAUGCAACAGCAACUUCAGCAACUACAGCAGCAGCAGCAGCAGCAGAGUAGUGAAGUCCAGCAGCAGCAGCAGCAGCAGCAGCAGACUUGUGGACAGCAGCAAGCCUCUACAGUUACCCAACAGACCAACAAUCACCUUGACAGUCAGAAUGCAGCUGAUUUCUUUGACUCUUUGUCCAACCCGGAAAUGGAGAACCUUCGCAAGCAGCUGGAGGACCUUCAGUUAGUGCUUUACAACAAGGACUCAGAGAUACAGCAGCUGAAGGAGGCAGCUGCUCAGGCCCCACCACACAGUGAGCACAAUGGCACAGUGGAGAGGGAGACGGAGGUGUCUGGAGAACACCUAGAUGAAGCUGCACAAGCCAGGCUGCAGCAGGAGUGUGCAACUUUAAAGCAGCAAGUUAAAGAUUAUGAAAUUCACGUCAAGCAACUGCAAACACAGCUGGAAACAGCAGCGGCAGCAGCAGCAGCAGCAACAGCAGCCUCAGUGGCAGUGGGAACGGGCUCUGGGAACACAGCUGAGGCACGAUGCAAGCAGCUGGAGGAGGAGCUGGACACCAUCAAGAGGGAACAGGAGGACUUACUGGUGCUGGUGACUGAUCAAGACAGCAAGAUGUCCGAGUACCGCCGCAAACUGAGGACCUAUGGGGAGGACGUGACAGAGGAUGAGGAUGAGGAGGAUGAGGAUGGAGACUUUGCCAUCACCGAGAACUACGACGAUGAUCUGGAGGACAUUCAGUGACACACGCUGCUCGGUGGACCGUCGGAGCUUGUUGCAGGAGGUGGGGGGGAGAGCUACAUUCUCACCCCAUACACGCUCUCCUAUCUCACUUACGCCUGAAACGCACUUAAAAGACUCACCUCCAGUCGGGUGUCACGGAUAGCUACAUUUAAAGGUUGCACGAAGGUUUUUUAUGUUCAGUUUGCUUUUUUUAUUAUUUUUUUACUCUUGUUUCUUUAUUAUAUCUGUGGUUAGGCCUUCAAAGUGUGGUGGUGCAGCAGCCAGCAGGUGUUUGGUGUUGCUGAUGCUGCUGGCUUGAAUGGAUGAAAAGCACAUGUGUUAUGCGUUCCGAAUUGUCUUUUGUGGGUAAGACAAGGAUGACAUUUGAGCAGAACAAGAAUAUGUACUAACACAACAAACAAGGGAAGUGCAGACAGAAUAAAAGAAGAGUCAUAUUUGUUCUUUGCAACAAAAACAAAGUGACGAUUACCGAUAACCAUUGUACAGUGAUAAUAUGAAUGUAAUAAAUGGUAAAGUAAUCAGACUGCGGUGCACCGUCCCUGCCUGUGUGCAGAGGCUGAAAGGAGUUACGAUUUUGAGCAAGCAAGAGGAAAACAAAACAAGGAAAUUGAAUAAAUGAUAAUAAAAAGAUGAUUUGUGCAAUGUGACACUUUCAAUGUGUCAGAAUCUUCACAGUCAUGGUAACUGAAUAUCAUGAAGCAACAGGAACAUCUUAACAUACAUAGUCUAUAACAUAACAUCCUGUAAGUAUAAUGUCUGUUAUUGAUGCAUCAGAGAUAUUUAUGCUGUUAAUAUGUGUUGGAUAAUCUUUAACUUGCUUUCCCCUAUCCUCUCUCUCUCUCUCUCUCUCUCUCUCUCUCUCUCUCUCUCUCUCUCUCUCUCUCUCUCUCUCUCUCUCUCUCUCUCUCUCUCUCCAUUUUGUACAUAUUUUCCUGCUUUUACUUUUCAUAUGGUGCUCCAGGUGGUGGUGGUGGUGGUGAUGGUAGUGGAUAUGCUGAACCAGUCUUAUUCCUUCCCAUUGCUCCACACAAAGCUGUUUUUUCUCUUAUUUAGUCUCUGCCCAGCCAGUUAUUUCUGUAUAAACUUUUGGUGGGCUCUCCCUUUAACUGUCCAUCAUAGUAACUCCCUCUGAAAUGGUAAGAGGGAGAAAGAAAGCUACUCACUCUCUCUCUCUCUCUCAUUUAAAAAUGUCACUGUUGUUAUUCGUAGUUAAAUUCCUCCUUAAACUGCAUGACAAUACCAAGAUAAAGACAUUUGUCCAUUUCUUAAGUAGGUAUCGAGUCUUCACAACAGUUAAGCUCCCAUCAGAGUCUUCAUGUUUACAAGUUUGCAGGAGUUGAAGCUGCUCAUCUUAUUCAGUAGCUCUGUAUUACGUAUCCCUGAGAUGAGAUGUGUAUGUAUGGUAGGCCCUCUGUAUCUUGCCAUGUGUAUGUAUAAGUAUUUGCCAUCGAGGAAGGAUGUGUUUGCCUCCUUCUGCCAUGGGUUUUUGUGUAGAUGAAGCUCAAAACACACACACACACACACACACACACACACACACACACACACACACACACACACACACACACACACACACACACACACACACACACACACACACACACACACACACACCAUGGCAUAGUUUUCCCCACAGUAGAUCUGGUUAAUGAGAGUGGAUGGGAGUAAUUUUUUUCUUUUUGUUUGUUUUUGCAGAGAACUUUUUGAAUUGAGGUCAGUUUUUUUUAUAUGUAUAGGCUGUGAUAGAGAAUCUUUAUACAUGCAUAAUGCUUGAGGAAAAUUACCAGCACUUUAUACACACCGUAGCACCUAUUGCAUUGAUUACUGCACAUUGUUAGCCGACAGACUGAUAACCAUUUCAUCAGCAUCACCAUAAUAUGUAGGAAUCCAUUGCCAGGGCUGAGAAUUAAAGAAAGAACUGGAAACAAAUGUAUUUUUGUACUAAGAAGGGAGUUUUUUGCAGUGUCUGUAUAUGUUGAGAUGUUUUUAGAAUACCCAAGGAAUACAUUUGUUAGGUGGUGUCUUCCACUUGUAUUUCAUGGCAUGGAGAGAGAGAGAGAGAGAGAGAGUGUGUGUGUGUGUGUGUGUGUGUGUGUGUGUGUGUGUGUGUGUGUGUGUGUGUGUGUGUGUGUGUGUGUGUGUGUGUGUGGAUGGUUGAUGGUGGAGGCCUAGCAGGACCUGUGGUGUGUGGAGUAGUACAUAUACUUCAUGCUUGUGUGGGUACUAAUCCGUGGCCUGUCCUCAUGUUAUAGAGUUGUUAAUCAAACAAAAAUGUUGAAUAAAGUUAUGAUCUUCGAA